AUGCCACCUUCAGCUUACGAAGAUGUUCAAGUACUUGAUCAUCGCAUUUGCCUGCCUUUGCGGCGUCUGAGGCAUUCGGCUUCGGUCUUCUUGGCGGCGGCGGUAGCAGCUGUUGGUAACCCUGCACCUGCACCACCACCAUGUCCUCCUCCGUGUCCACCACCAUGUCCUGCACCUGCUCCAUCAUGCGGAGGCGGUGGCGGCGGAGGAUACGCUGCUCCACCACCAAUGUCAUACCCAAGCAGUGGUGGUGGCUACGCUUCUAGCGGCGGUGGCGGCUACGCUUCUAGCGGAGGCGGUGGCGGUUAUGCUUCUUCCGGUGGCUCAUAUGCUGGAAAGUAA